AUGGGAGCCACGGGCGGCCCCACACGGCCACCCCGGGAGGCCGCGGGCGAGAUGCGGGCCACGCGGCGGAGUUUCCGCGAGCACGCGGGGGCGUCGCUCGACAGCCUCAACCCGGGGCACCUGGUGGCCCUGGACGACAUCGGGAUUGAGCGCCUGAUCGGCGUCAUCUGCCUCGUGGAGGAGAAGGCGCCCCGGCCCGCCUUCCUGGCCAAGAUGGUCUCCCUGCCGAGGCAGGGGGGCUCGGUGCGGCCGAUCGCGCUCGUCGCCGCGCUGGCUCGCAUCCCUGCCCGGUUGAGGCGGCCGUUGGCCCGCGCGUUGGAGAAGACCAGCGAGCGGCCGUGCCGGCGGGCCACGUCGGCGCGAUCGCGCGAGCGUGCGGCGCGGCAACAGGCCAAGUGGGCAGCAGGGCGACAGGGGGCAUGUCCGCUCAAGGAGUGGGGGGCCGCCACGCUGCUCCUCGGCCUCUGGAAGGCGCGCGAGCAGGACCACCAGCCGGACGUCGACAGCUUCCAGAGCUGCCGGUCCGUCGCCCGCCAGGAGACAUCGGGAUCCACCGCCACCGCCCUGGAGGACACGGCGAUGCUGCCGCGGCCAGCCGAAGAGCGUCGGCCCGAGAGCGAGGACGUGUCGCAGGCAUCUCGCGUCCAAGGCAUCUUCCGGGCCGUCAGCUUCCUGGGCGCCGCGGCGUGGAUUGCCCUCAAGCACCGCCUCACUCCUGCGCGAGGGCGGGAAGAGCAGGAGAUCAAUCGGCACUCGGCCGAACAGGCCCUGGACCUCGUCAAGUCGAUGAAGGGGUACUACAUCAAGGCGGCGCAGACCCUCUGCGGCGCCGGCCAGUUCCCGGCAGAGUUCGACGAGAAGUUCGGCGAGCUGCUAGACCAGUGCCCGAGGGAGCCCUACGAGGUGAUCCGGCCCAUCGUGGAGCACGAGCUCGGCUGCGACAUCGGCAGCGUCUUCACCGACUUUUCCGAGGAAGCCGUGGCCGCCGCCUCCAUUGGCCAGGUCCACUUUGCGAGGCUGCUGGACGGCACCCCGGUCGCCGUGAAGGUGCAGUACCCGGAAGUGGAACGCUUCUUCAAGACGGACAUCGGGGCCGUCUCGUUUGCGAUGCAGGUUUUAGGCAUGGGCUCGAAGGUGAGAGAAGUUUUCAAAACGAUGGAGGAGCAGUUCCAGCUGGAGUUCGAUUACAGGAAAGAGGCAGCUGUGAUGCGCGAGGUGGCGGAAAACAUCAUGCCGCACUACGGUGACAAGGUGAAGAUCCCGCUGCCGAUAGACGGUGAGCACCCGCGGUGCCCCCCCGCGGUGUCGUCGAGGACCCUCUGCACGCGGAAGGUCCUGACGAUGGAGCGCGUGGUCGGGGUGCCCAUCAGGCAGCACGUGCUCCCCCUCUUGGAGAUGUUCGCCGAGAAGCACAAGAUGUCCGUCGACGACCUGCAGACGAUGUUGAAGCAGCAGGACCCGUCCAAGAUCGACAUGAGCAAUCCGGCAGUGCGCGAGGCCAUGGGCAUGAAAGAGGUCAGCGAAUGCAAGAGCGGGCUCUUCAUCUUCUCGAUGAAGGUGCGGAACCUGACCGCCAGGCUGGUGGGCGGCUGCGCCGGAGGCUGCCGCUGCUCGCCCCCGACCUGGACAACCAGGAAGAUGUUCGUGCCGCUGAACGGCCCGCGGAUUGCCAAGCUGCUGUACGACGUGCACGGCCACGAGAUUUUUCACAACGGGUUAUUCAACUCCGACCCGCACGCUGGCAACGUUAUGAUGCUGGAGGAUGGGCGCCUAGGGCUCAUCGACUACGGUGCCGUGAUGAGACUAGACGAGGAGCUGCGAACCAACAUCGCUCGGCUGAUCGUCGCCAUAGCCGACGAUGACGACGAUGCCGUCGCGCCCUCGAUGCACGCGUGCGGCUUCCGCAGCAGGAACCAGGACCCGAGGCUGGCCCUGCUGCUGGCCCACAUGUUCUUCAACCGCGGCCCGUGGCCGGCCGACAUGAACCGGCUGGCUCCCAAGGUCGGCAUGCCACAGGACGCCGACAUCCUGACACUGGACAGGUACACAAGGGGAGGGAAGCUGGACGAAAUCGUCGAGUUUCCAGGGCACAUGGUCAUGCUGCAGCGAUGCUGCAUGGUCCUGUCCGGGAUCGGGAUGGAGCUGGGCGCUGGGAGGCUCUCCUCCGCGGGCAUGUUCAGGGCUCAGGCGAAGCGCUGGCUGGGCAGGCGGUGACCCGCGGCGGACCGGGCGUGCCCACAUCCCAUGGGGCGCUCCGCGCGCGGUCGCGCCCGGGGCCCUGCCGCGUGCACGCUCGAGGGGCGCCCGGCUCACGGCUCGGGGAUCGAAUCAUGACGUGAACAUUCUGCACGAACGAGAUGGGCACGGAAAGAAUGGUGUAGAUUCGGGCAAAACGCUGGCAGGACAGAAGUUGACCAGCGAAGGGAAAAGGUACCCGAGCG